AUGUUUUACAAAAAUCUUCAACAUUGGUUUGGAAGUUUCCAGGCUUUUGGAGGUACGGGAAAGCCAAAUCCUGGAGGUGCCGGUACAAUUUACCUAAAGGAUGACAUUCCUCAUAUAAAGAAUACGACGCUUAUCAUUGAUAAUAACAACCAGGCAUUGACGAAUAAUUUGCUGAUGAAUUAUUCCACAGCCAGUAGUCAUUCAUGGCUCCUCUCCAAUGAUACGCCAUAUUGGGAUAUUAUCCAUGUCACCAGACAAGCUCACUUCGCUAUUCACCCGAACUUGACAAGACCUUUCCAUUUGAAGGCUUACAAAUUCGUAUCGGACAAGACUGGUGUAUUACAUAUAGGAAAUAAUCAAGUGGUCAUAGUACAGCAUCCUGACGACUUGGAAUUUUUCCUUAACAUCAAUGUUUACGAAGGAGGAACUUUGAUUCUUCCGAAAUAUUUUUCCUGCUAUGGAGUCCAAAUAAAUAUUUGGGGACGGAUAGGUUUGAAAAAUAUCUAUGUUGGUCAGAAAUGUAGUUUGAAAUUUGGGCUGAAUGGAACAUCUUUAUCUGCCAAUAAAAACGGAGUUUACUCCCUUGAAACUUUGACAAUUGGAGCCGAAGGUGAAGUUACAGUCACUGAUGAACUUAAAAAUGACCAAAGCAGGUUAAACCUUGAGGUUAGUAACUUUCUUUUAUAA